AUGCGUAGCUUUAUCUCUGUCCUCGCCCUUGUGGCUGCUGCGACCGCCACCAACAUGGGCGCCAUGGAUGAGGCUCAGACUUGUGCUAUGAAAACCCUCCUGUCCAGCUCAGCCUGCAACACCGGCGACGCCGCCUGUCUCUGCUCAGACAGUGCGCGUGAAGCCGUGAUGGGCGAGAUCAACGCCGCCUGCGGUGCUGCACAGAGCGAGCAAACCAUGCAGCUCGCCUCAGACGCCUGCAGCAAGCAGAAGAUGCGUCGCGCCUAUGCGCCCUCUGGCACCGCCGAGCACGGCGUCAUGGCCAGCCCCUCGGCCUCCGCCAGCGCUGCUCGCAUGAACGGUGCCCAGGAGGGUUCCAGCAAUGAGGCAUGCAGCUGCGCCGCCAAGGGUCCCGAAGGAGUCGAUGGUGACGAUGAUGGAGACGAUGAUGGAUAUCCUUUCGACCUUGACGACGACGACGACGAUGACGAUGACGAGCGAACCGGUAUGACCGGCACCACCAACGGCCGCGUGCACGCUUCUAGCAGCAUGGCGGCCAUGGCUACUCCAUCGUCUUCUGCUGCUCGCCACGCUGGCAUGGCUACUACUACCCCUUCUGUUUCGUCUCAUGCCGCAAGGCCUAGCGGUGCUGAUGCCUUCUCGCCCUUCCAGGGUGCCGGCGUGCAGAUGGUGCCUAGCAUGAACAUUGUUGUCGGUGGUGUCUUGGCUGGUGUUGUUGGUGUGUUUGCUGCUCUGUAG